AUGUCACACCCUUCUUUGUGCGGGGUCAAUCUUCGCAAGGCAGCCAAGAAGCCUGGUGUACUCGUAAAAUGGUAUCCUGGUAUGCCGACUGCGACGAGAGAAAAGACCAACACAUUUUCUACUUUUACGGACCUCUUCAUGGAAGUCAUUCCAGAGUUUGACCCGAAUGCUCCGUUCGAUAUCACUGAACUGAACGGUAUCUCUCCGUAUAAGAAUCUAAAAACGUCGAGUAAGUAUAUGUGAGGCAAUAGCUUGCAUUAGAUGAGAUACCAUAUAAACCCUACCUUCCCUUCAUUCAAAAGACCAAGAAUGAUUAA